AUGCUACUCAUCACCGCCCUCUCUGCGCAUCCAAUACAGCCACUUCUGCGACGGGUGCUUAAAAACAUACCUCUCUCCUGCCCACAGAAAAAAAAGGCAUCGCGUGUUAUGCAAAGCAUCUCAAUCAACACGGCUGACUAUGAUAUAUUAUCACGGACUGGUAUGAAAGAGCCAUGGCACGGAUCAUGCAAAAUCAACAAGCGCCACGCUUUCUUAACGGAAGGACGCAUCUUAACAAAACAAGCAGCCACAGCUGCGCGACAGCCAAACAAGGCAAAUCAGGCCGCGUCCCGUGGGAAACAAUCCAUUUGUUUUCAAGUCAUGACGCGCAAGCACGUGUACCUGCAUCAGCACACCGUCUGA